GCAUUUACUCAAAGUGUGUAUUUAUUCAAAAAAUUGUCAUUUAAAUGCAUUUUGUUAACUUUUCCAUAUAUAAACCUAAGAAGCAAAACAGAUCUUUUUAAGAAGUGCAUUAGGGAAAGAUAUGCAGCCAGAUGGUUACAGGGGGCUAAUUGAUAAUGCAGGAUUUCUCAAACUCCUGUGAAACUUGAGGCAGAAGAGGCAAAUCUUUGAUUUUUUACAACAAAAAAACCCAGGUUAUAUGGUUAAUACUGUAGCAUAUUUUUUAGAACAAUUCCUUAUUACUUGAAUAACAAGCAGACAAUGAAAGUAUGGCAUAUGGGAACGUUUGGCCUUUGAUUUAAAUAGUUUGACUAAGAAAUCCAGAUUUAGCAUAAAUUAAAUAACUCUAUAGCCUGCAUUACAAACAUGAAAAGAGUCUGUGGGUGACCCUGGCACAAAAUGACUGCACAUCACUGAACUAAGUUUGCUAUAGGUCAAAAUUAAAAUGUCCAACAAAAAAAUCUGACAUAUGCUCAGAUCAUAAACGUCAACGUGCUGUCAAACGCAACAAUUCUGGGAUAAAAAUGCAUGGUCACAUAAAGCUUCCUCAUCACCCCGGAAUGCGCCAUUUUACGCCACAAAUCCUUUGGCAAACGCCAUUAUCGUUCACAGCUCAGAACUUUUCGCGCCACAAGAGCUGUAUAGCCCCGCCCACUUUGACGCACACGAAGCGUUGAACCAAUGAGUCAAUUAGGUUGUCUGCAGUGGGUGGAGUCUGACUGCAAAAAGAGGCGGUCGCAAAAGUUUUGCCGCGAAAAUAGUAGCGUGGCAGGCAUUUUGUGAGUGUGCCAGAGUGUUGUGUAAAGUCUUUCGGAAGUUAUAGCGUGCAUUUUUGUUUAAAUAAGUGAUUUAAAGUAAAGGGAAAUGUCUGGAUUUGACGAUCCCGGAGUUUAUUACAGCGAGAGCUUCGGCGGAGGAGAAGGCAUCGGGGAUGAAGGGACCGUGAAACGCAGUCAAAUAAAAAAGCGCUUUCGGGAGUUCCUGAGACAGUUCAGGGUCGGCACUGAUCGCACCGGCUUUACCUACAAAUACAGAGAUGAGCUCAAGAGGCACUACACUCUUGGAGAGUACUGGAUCGAGGUGGAAAUGGAGGAUUUGGCCAGUUUUGAUGAGGAUCUCUCAGAUUGCCUGUACAAGCUACCCACAGAGAACCUGCCUCUGCUAGAAGAGGCAGCACAGGAAGUUGCUGAUGAGGUCACACGUCCGAGGCCUGUAGGGGAAGAGACAGUGCAGGACAUCCAGGUGAUGCUGAAAAGUGAUGCCCAUCCUGCAUCUAUUCGCAACCUGAAGUCUGAGCAGGUGUCCCGCCUGGUAAAGAUCCCUGGUAUCAUCAUCUCCUCCUCAGCAGUGAGGGCGAAAGCCACACGAGUAUGCCUGCAGUGCAGAGGGUGUCGUGCUGUCAUCAGUAGCAUUCCUCUGCCACCCGGCCUCCAGGGCUACGCUUUGCCCCGGAAGUGCAACACUGAGCAAGCAGGACGUGUGAAGUGUCCUGUGGAUCCCUACUUUAUCAUCCCAGACCGGUGCGUGUGUGUGGACUUUCAGACCCUGCGGCUGCAGGAGUCACCUGAUGCUGUGCCUCAUGGAGAGAUGCCGCGACAUAUGCAGCUCUAUUGUGACCGGUACCUGUGUGACCGUGUCGUGCCUGGGAACCGAGUGACCAUCAUGGGCAUCUACUCCAUUAAGAAAGUGGCUCAGCCUAAGGGCAAAGGUCGGGAUAAAGGAGCUGGAGUGGGUAUCCGCUCUGCCUACCUGCGUGUAGUGGGUAUUCAAGUGGACACGGAGGGAGCUGGUCGAGGAGCCACUGGAUCAGUGACCCCUCAAGAAGAGGAGGAGUUGCGGGCGCUGGCUGCUUCCCCCUCGGUCUACGAAUCCAUUGCUCGCUCUCUUGCUCCCUCGAUUUAUGGCAGUGAUGAUCUUAAGAAGGCCAUUGCUUGCCUCCUGUUUGGGGGCUCCAGAAAGAGGUUGCCAGAUGGUCUUACCCGCAGAGGUGAUAUUAAUCUGCUGAUGCUUGGAGACCCUGGCACAGCCAAGUCUCAGCUGCUAAAGUUUGUGGAGAGAUGUUCUCCUAUUGGGGUUUAUACCUCGGGAAAGGGCAGCAGUGCAGCUGGUCUAACGGCGUCUGUGCUCCGAGACCCGAACACACGUGGCUUCAUCAUGGAGGGUGGAGCUAUGGUGCUGGCUGAUGGGGGUGUGGUGUGCAUUGAUGAGUUUGACAAGAUGAGAGAAGAUGACAGAGUAGCUAUCCAUGAAGCGAUGGAGCAGCAGACUAUUUCAAUUGCCAAGGCUGGCAUCACCACCACUCUGAACUCUCGAUGUUCUGUGCUGGCGGCUGCCAACUCGGUGUUCGGCAGAUGGGACGACACCAAGGGCGAGGACAACAUCGAUUUCAUGCCCACCAUAUUGUCUCGUUUUGACAUGAUCUUCAUCAUCAAGGAUCAACACGACCACCAGAGAGACAUGACGCUGGCUCGUCACGUGAUGAACGUUCACCUCAGUGCUCAGACGCAGACGGAGGGGGUGGAGGGAGAGAUUACUUUGGCCACGUUGAAGAAAUACAUUGCUUAUGCCAGAACGAAAUGUGGUCCUCGUCUGUCUGCGGCUGCAGCAGAGAAGCUGAAGAACCGCUAUGUGGUGAUGCGGAGCGGUGCCAGGGAUCAUGAGAGAGAGAGCGAUCGCAGAGCCUCUAUUCCCAUCACUGUCAGGCAGUUGGAGGCAGUUGUACGCAUCGCCGAGUCCCUGGCAAAGAUGAAGCUGCAAGCGAUAGCUGGAGAAGAGGAGGUGGAUGAGGCUCUUCGACUUUUCCAGGUGUCUACUCUGGAUGCUGCGUUGUCUGGUAGCCUAUCAGGUGUGGAGGGUUUCACCACUCAAGAGGAUCAGGAAAUGAUCUCCCGCAUUGAGAAGCAGCUAAAGAGGCGUUUUGCCAUUGGCUCGCAGGUGUCUGAGCACAGCAUUGUACAGGACUUCACCAAACAGAAAUAUCCCGAGCACGCCAUCUAUAAGGUCCUUCAUCUGAUGCUGAGGAGAGGGGAACUGCAGCACCGCAUGCAGAGGAAGGUGCUUUACAGGGUCAAGUAGAUGAGGACUUUGUGUGUAUCUCUGCUUCAAAAAAAAGUAAUAAAAACAGAUAAAUGUCAAAUCAAUUGAAGGUAUGUUGAGCAUCUUUCUGAGAAUGCUUCCUCAGUUGAAAAUGUCACCUUUUUGUAAAUAGUUCAGACGGUGUCUUAUGUGCACUUUUCUUUCUUCAAUAUCAGACUGAUGGAUAUUUUUGUGCUGUAAACCAUAAUGAUUAACACUGGUUAAUCCUAGCUGUGGCACAAAUACACUGUGGUUUAAAGGUUGCGUUUGUCAUCAGACUCUUUGUGCAAAAUAAUGCUAUUGAACUCCAUGUUUGUGAUCAGGUUUAAAUCUGAGGGUGUCUUCAGUGAUAUUGUCAUGAUGUGUUGUGUUUUUUUUUGUUUGUUUGUUUUUUUUUGUGAUAAUAAAGCAUUGUGAAAUGG